AUGAUUGCCGGUCUAGCGAAGGAUGUGCCGCCACUGCAUUCCAUUGGAGGAGGAGUUGUUGCAGUGUGGCCGAAGGUGAAGAGGCAAUCGACAAAGCGGUGCUCUUCCUGGAGGAAACGGCAAAGUACUACACUGCCUGUGUCCGCUCUCCUCCAUUCAAGUCAGAAUGGAGCACUGUUGGCUCCUGCAUGUAUUGGGCUCCUAGUUGGGACAAGGAAGCAGCCUGCCAAGUGCAGAAAACACCGGGUGUUAUGCCGAGCACAAAAGGACCAAGGCAAGUCAGGUGAUGACAGUGUCUACAAGGACACAGUGCUGCUUCCAGCAACAGAUUUCUCACAGAGAGCAAAUGCAAAGAAGCGAGAGCCAGAACUCCAAGACUUCUGGAACGAGAAGAAGAUCUAUGAGCAGUUACAGGAAAUGGAACAUCCCAAUGGCAGCUUUACGCUCCAUGACGGGCCGCCAUAUGCAAAUGGCUCCCUGCACAUGGGCCAUGCCCUGAACAAGAUCCUGAAAGACAUCAUCAACAAGUUCAAAGCCGCAACAGGGCACGAGAUCAAGUUUAUUCCGGGAUGGGAUUGCCAUGGACUACCAAUUGAGUUGAAGGUUUUGCAGAGUCUGAAGUCAAAGGACAAGAAAGGCCUUACUCCCCUGAAGUUGCGACAGCAGGCCGCAAAGUUUGCUCAGGAGACGGUCAAGGAGCAGAGGGCCUCCUUCCAGCGGUACGGCGUCUGGGGUGACUUUGAAUCACCUUACUUGACUCUGCUUCCAAAGUAUGAAGCAGCGCAGCUUCGCAUUUUUGAGGAAAUGGUGCGUGGUGGUCAUAUUUAUCGUGGAAGGAAGCCGGUGUAUUGGUCGCCUUCCACCCGAACGGCACUUGCAGAAGCCGAGCUCGAGUAUCCAGAGGACCAUGUCUCUCCAUCCAUCUACGCUGCCUUCAAGUGCACUCAGCUUCCGGAUGGCUUUUCUGGAUUCGAGAACCUUGAGUUGGCGGUGUGGACGACCACCCCAUGGACCAUUCCAGCAAAUCGGGCAGUCGCGGUAAAUCCUGAGCUCACGUAUUCAAUCGUGAAGGCAGUGUGGACCGAGUCUGAAAGGACUCCUCGACACUUGGUCGUCGCCUCUGGCCUGGUUGAGAGGCUUCAGGACCUCCUGAAAGCAACGCUCACUGUGGAAAAGGAGUGUGCGGGAGGCGAGUUGGAAGGCAUCAAGUACGAGCAUCCGAUCACUGGAGUUGAGACCCCACUGGUGAUGGGCGGUGACUACAUCACGACAGAGUCGGGAACUGGACUGGUGCACACGGCUCCUGGCCAUGGUGCUGAUGACUACUUGGUUGGUCAGAAGUAUGGCUUGGAGGUCGCUGCACCUGUGGACAAUGCAGGCAACUUUACAGAAGAGGUUGGCCUUGAGAGCUUGGUCGGGGCCAAUGUCCUGAAGGAUGCCAACUCCAAAGUCACCGACUUGCUGGAGGAGAAGAACUUGCUUUUGCUUCGGAAGCCGUACUCUCACAAGUAUCCUUAUGACUGGCGAAGCAAGAAGCCUGUCAUUACGCGCGCAACUCCACAGUGGUUUGCAAGCAUUGAUGGACUUCGUUCUAGCGUGCUUAAAGCAAUGGACGAAGUUCAGUUUAUUCCGGAGAGCUAUGCCAAUCGUAUGCGACCAAUGGUUGAGGGCAGGAGUGACUGGUGCAUUUCUCGCCAGCGGUCUUGGGGUGUGCCCAUUCCAGCCUUUUAUCGAAAGGAUACUGGCGAGCCACUUCUCAAUACUGACGUAAUUAGCCACGUUCGAGAAAUUAUCGAGGAAAGAGGGAGCAACGCAUGGUUCGAGCUUUCCAUAGCAGAAUUGCUCCCUGAGCAGUAUCGGGAUUCAGCCGAUGAGUAUGAAAGAGGCACCGAUACCAUGGAUGUUUGGUUUGACUCUGGCUCUUCCUGGGCUUACGUUGAAGGGGAGCUCGGGUCACCUGUCGAUUUGUACUUGGAGGGCCAGGAUCAGCACCGUGGAUGGUUUCAGUCCUCCCUUAUCACAUCCGUAGCUGUCAAUGGCAGAGCGCCAUACAAAAGCGUCAUGACGCACGGCUUUUGUGUGGAUGAAAAUGGCAGAAAAAUGAGCAAGUCAAUUGGGAAUGUGAUUGAUCCAAGAACCAUCAUCGAGGGUGGCAAGAAUCAAAAGCUGGAGCCAGCUCGAGGAGCGGAUGUGUUACGCUUCUGGGUUGCUUCUGUGGGCUUCGCAAGCGAUGUAUCCAUUAGCUUGGGAAUUCUGAAGUCCACUGAAGAGAAUGUGCGUAGAUUGCGAAAUCGAGCCAGAUUUAUUCUUGGCAACAUCCAUGACUUUGACGUGGCUACAGAAGGCAUCCCAUACGAGGAUCUACCAGUGAUUGAUCAAUGCAUCAUUCGCAGAGCAGAGAACGUCUUUGACCAGAUGAAGGAGGCCUAUGAUGCUUACUCCUUCAGCGUUGCGACCAAGCUCCUUGACAGGUUCACGUCAGUUGACUUGUCCUCCCUAUACCUGGAUCUAGCCAAAGACAGGCUAUACACAUCCGGGAAAACGAGCCACUCGCGCCGAAGCUGUCAAACCGUGUUGCGUUGGAUUCUGGUGAAUAUGACGAAAGCCAUAGCGCCGGUACUGUGCCACCUUGCAGAAGACAUUUGGCAAUUCCUUCCUCCUGGAGAGAAGGAAGAGAGUGUAUUCCUGGCUGGCUGGUGCAAGCCCUUUCCAAAAUCCGGGGAGGUGGGUGCUAGAGUUCAAGACAUGGACAACAUCCUGCAGCUGCGUGAUCCUGUCAACCAGGCUCUUGAGCGAGCUCGGGGCAACAAGAUGAUUGGCUCUCCACUAGACGCACAGGUCAAGAUCAUGGUCAAGAGCGAUUCUGAUCUUUACAAUGCCUUGGAACAAAUGGCAAAGGUUGAACAUCAAAGCGUGGAUGGCCUCAACUGGCUGCUAUCAGUGUCACAGGCGCACUAUGAAGCUGUGGACGCGCUGCCAGAGCUUCCAAAUGAGUCAGAUGAGUCCGCCAGCAGUGAAGACAAGGACCUUGGGGUCGUCGUCAUUGUGGCUCGUGCCGCCGGCACCAAGUGCGAACGCUGCUGGGUCCACACCACCAAUGUUGGUGACUGCAAGGAGCACCCAACCAUUUGCUUACGUUGUGCUGAUGUAGUGCAAGAGAUGGGCGUGCCAUCACCUUUGGAAACAGUUGACUCUGCUUGA